CCUCAUUCACCAUACAGCAUUGCCAGACAGUAACUCGUUCGUUUUGGUCUUUUCUGUUCUGUCAAUGUUUGUCUGAGCUGUGAGUUUAAUGGUUAAAGAUCCAAGCAGCAGCUCAAAGUUCCCGGUUUCAGGUGGCUCAAUAAUUGUCGGACAGAAAGAACCACUGAGCUCCAAAUCUUGAGUAAACUUGCUUCUUUCUCACUCAAACAAUCUGCUGGAAGGGGAGGAGCCACACUCAAGCCAGCCAAUCCAGAAUGAGGGGCGGGGCCAUGGCGUUUUUACAAGUGCUGCUAUUGGCCAGUGUGCUGGAGCCUGCGACUCUGGCAUUCAGUCGUGCACCGGUGCCCAUGGCGGUUGUUCGGCAGGAGCUGUCCUGUGAAAGUUACCCGAUCGAUCUGCGCUGUCCUGGGAGGGAUGUCAUCAUGAUCAAGAGUGCAAAUUACGGCCGAACUGAUGACAAAAUCUGUGACGCUGACCCCGCUCAGAUGGAGAACACACGCUGUUAUUUACCUGAAACAUACAAGAUCAUGAGCCAGAGGUGUAAUAACCGGACGCAGUGUGCCGUCGUGGCUGGACCGGAUGCGUUUCCUGACCCCUGUCCUGGGACAUACAAAUACCUGGAAGUGCAGUACGAGUGUGUCCUGUACAAGGUGGAACAUAAAGUUUUCUUGUGCCCAGGGCUCCUGCGUGGUGUUUAUCAGAGUGAGCAUCUGUUCGAGUCGGACCACCAUUCGGGAGCUUGGUGCAAAGACCCCAUCCAGGCCUCGGAUAAGAUCUAUUACAUGCCCUGGAGGCCAUAUCGCACAGAAUUACUCACCGAAUACUCCAGCAAAGAGGAUCUCAUCGCAGGAAGACCCACCACGACCUAUAAGCUCCCCCAUCGGGCGGACGGCACCGGGUUCAUCGUCUACGACGGGGCGCUGUUCUUCAACAAGGAGAGGACCAGGAAUAUCGUCAAGUACGAUCUGCGCACUCGCAUCAAGAGUGGUGAGGCUAUCAUCGCUAGCGCAAACUACCACGACACUUCGCCGUAUCGCUGGAGGGGCUUUACUGAUAUCGAUCUGGCAGUGGACGAGAACGGACUUUGGGUGAUUUACGCCACAGAGCAAAACAACCAACGGAUCGUAAUCAGCCAGAUCAACCCCUAUACGUUACAUGUGGAGGGAACUUGGGAUACGGCCUACAACAAACGCUCCGCUUCCAACGCCUUCAUGAUCUGCGGGAUCCUUUACGUGGUCAAGACCGUCUACGAAAACGAUGAUAGCGAAGCAACCGGGAAUAAAAUCGACUACUUCUACAACACGGAGCUGAGCAAAGACGGCUAUCUGGACAUCCCCUUCCCCAACUCAUACCAGCACAUCGCUGCCGUGGAUUACAAUCCCAGAGACAAUCUGCUCUAUGUGUGGAAUAACUACCACUUGGUCACGUAUACGCUGGAUUUCGGAGUCCUGGACAACAGGCUAGAAACCUCCUCCUCAGGAAAUGUCUUAAUGAACACGACAAUGACACAUACCACGACUCGCCCAUUUACAGCCAGCACCACGUCCGCCUCCACCUCCACCAGCUCCACCACGAGCAACAGCACCCGAUCUCCCUCCACGGUACCUGUGCCUCCACCGACAUAAAGUUGGUUCGACGUUUGACAUUUUGUCAGAGAUUCAUCCUUGGAGAUCUUCAAUAAUUAUUUAACGAUUUAGCAGAAUGACAAGAAACUUCCUAUGUUGUAAUUGUUUUCAAAUGUAGAAGAGAACACACAUUGUGUUUUAAUGGUUUUAAUCUGCCUUAAGGAAUUAUAACCGAUAGAACUUAUAAUGUAAAAGUGCAGGAAAGGGACUGCAUCUGCAAAGUGCAAGACGAAGAGAAAAUGUCCAUCUAAAUGCUUCACUUGUGAAAUGAAUAAAUAAUAAAUCUCAAAUAAAAGGG